AUGUCAGAGAGUGUCAAGAUCUAUGGGCUCACAGCCCUUCCAGCCGAUCAAUCCCAAGACAGACCUAGAACAACUAGCCCCCAGGCCAUGACCAUUUCAUCCCUUCAACCUCCAAACUCACCGCUGGCCGCGCGUGUCGACGGCUAUGUCAAAUCCAAGCUUGAUGCUGACACCUACCGCCACAGUUUGCGCGUGUACUGCUACGGCUGCGCCAUAGCGAGGCAGUGCUUUCCCGAGUUUGAUCUCACACCAGGCUCCAAACUCGAGGAAACUUGGUUCUUGACCGCCAUGCUCCAUGACAUCGGUACCUGCGACGAGUUCCUGACGAGCACUCGUCUCAGCUAUGAGUUCUUUGCCGGUGUCCAUGCCUUUGAUCUCCUGCAGAACCCAAAGGUAUCGGGCGGCGAGGGAGUCGCCCCUCGAGAUCAGACCGAAAGUGUCGUCGAGGCCAUCAUUAGACACCAAGAUGUGCAGGACAAAGGAAAGGUGACUCUAGUCACCAGACUGAUCCACUGGGGAACGCUGUUGGACAACAUUGGCGCUGGAAAGGAGUUGGUCCACCCAGAGACCAUCGAGAACGUCGUCCGAGAGCACCCUCGCCCAGGAUGGGCUGGUUGCUUUAAAAGAACCGUUGAGAAAGAGAAGAAGUUCAAACCCUAUGCUAUGGUCAGCCGAAUUGAAGGGUUUGAAGAGCUCAUUGCUCAAAAUGGAGCCGCGGGAGGACUGAUGGCCAAGUAUGAUGCCGCAAAAUAA